AUGACUUUCGCACAGCAAUUCUCCGACAAAGUUAUUGCCAUCACUGGUGGUGCCUCUGGCAUAGGUCUCGCAACAGCCCAUCUCCUUGCUGAGCGAGGAGCCAAACUGUCUCUCGCUGACGUCCAGGAAAAGGCUCUUCAACAAGCUCAGUCUGAUAUAAAGUCCAAGUACCCCGAAAGUGAUGUCCUCAUUUUUACUGUGGACGUCAGGAACUACGAGCAGGUUGACAAGUGGAUCACAGAGACUGUGAAGCAUUUUGGAAAGCUUGACGGAGCGGCAAACCUGGCUGGAAUCAUCCCCAACUCAAUCGGUCUCAAAGGAAUCGACGAGCAAGACUUUGACGAAUGGGACCUCAUUCUCAGUGUCAACUUGACUGGGGUCAUGCAUUGUCUCAAGGCUCAGCUGCGUGUCAUCGAGAACACAGGAGCAAUCGUUAAUGCAAGCAGUAUUGCUGGCCUUAUUGGGCGGAACAAGAACGCUUCAUACGUAGCCAGUAAGCAUGGCGUCAUGGGCUUGACGAGAAGUGCUGCAAAGGAAGUUGGGCCGAAGGGCAUUCGAGUCAACGGUAUCUGCCCGUAA